GAGCCGGUCUUUAAUCUUCUAGAAAACUUGGACUGUCGAUCUACCUACAUCUGAAAUUAUGGCUACAUCUGCAUGGUCUCCAGAAGCCUUUGCUUGCCCGAUAUGUUUGGAAAUACUGAAAGACCCCGCUACACUUCCAUGUGGACAUACCUACUGUCUCCUCUGCAUCCAGAAGCACUGGGAUCAGACAGCAACUAAAGACUCCUAUGAAUGUCCUCAAUGCAGACAACAUUUUAAACCAAGGCCCAACCUGGCCAGAAGCAACGUUCUCAUGGAGGCUAUAGAGAAACUGAGAUUGAGUGAACAGGAUGGGCCAAACUCUUCUUUGUAUCAGUCUAUCACCUCAUCUCCAGCUAUGCAGCCCUCUACUGAUUUAGCAGGAUCUUCUGAGAUUCCUGCAUCCCAGAGUGGCCUGUAUCCCGCUCUCCCCUCGAGCUCACCGCAGCUGUGUCCGUUGCAUCAGCAGGUGUUGGAGCUUUACUGCUGCGAUGAUAAAGAUUGCAUUUGUGAUGAGUGUAGCCUGCUUGGACAUAAAGGUCAUCAGGUGGUCCGUCCAGAUGAAGAAAGACAAAAGAUUCAGCAAGAGCUGAUACAGGUGAAUGCUCAGGUACACAGGAGCAUUGCAGAAAGAGAGAACGUCAUUAAAAGACUUCCCCACGUCUCUCAGGAACACAAGAGCUCAGUGCAGAAGCUGAUGAUGGACAGUCAGAUGAUCUUUGCUGAUAUUUUGAGGAGCAUUGAGCUCAGCCGCUCUCAGGUGCUUGAGCUUCUUCAGGCACAUGAGAGUUCUUCCUGUUGCCACAUAGAGGCCCAAAGCUGCAAACUACAACAAGAGAUCAUCCAACUACACAAAAAACAAGAAGAACUUAAGAAACUAGAUGACAUUCAGGAUCCCAUUAGUUUUUUCAAUACGUUCAGAGCUGUGGAUUCUAUGGAGCAGACUGAAAUGUUUAUGCCAGAGUCUGUGGUACCUGGGGUCAAAUCCGCUUUGGAGUCAUUCAGACAGGAGUUGGAUAAUCUCACCAAAACCAACCUGGCUAAUAUCUUUAGAGUUGUGAAUGAUGCAGCUGCAUUGGCACAAACAUCCAUUAAGGCGCAUGAUGGUGUCAUUUCCAACUCGCAGAUGCCCUCACAAAACCCAGCUACACAAGUAAAGUCUGACUGUCCUAAAGCAGAUGUUAAACCCAAAGUCAAAGCUUCCUCUCUGGCAACACGAGAACAUUGCAAAGAGCAGGGUAGUUCAUCUGUGAAUCCAGUGGAGGGAUCGGUGUCCUGUUGUCUGUCUAAUCCAGCACCUAAAACCAGAGAGGAAAUGCUGAAAUACCGAAUUGAGCCUACACUAGAUUACAACACUGCUUUCCGUCAAAUUCGUUUGUCUGAUGGAUAUCGCAAAGCAACACUGUGUGCAGAGAACCAGAAUUACCCUGAGCAUCAUGAGCGCUUCACCUUCUGGAGGCAGGUCAUGUGUGUGGAGGCGCUGGCUGGAAGUCCGUACUACUGGGAAGUGGAGUGGACUGGACAGAGGGUGACCAUCGGUGUGGCGUAUAAAGACAUGGCACGCUCCGCAGCCAAUGACAGCACCAGACUGGGUCACAACACACAGUCCUGGAGUCUGUACUGGUCUGGCAAAGCAUUCUCUUUGUGGCAUGCUGGGAAAGAAACUGCACUGGCAGGUCCAAAAGCCAGACGCAUUGGGGUGUACCUGGACCAGCAGACGGGUGUACUGGCAUUUUACAGAGUCUCCCAUAAUCAGGCCCAGGAAAUAUGUUGUGUUCAUACACAUUUUGAUGGACCGCUCUUCCCCAGUUUCCGCUUUUGGUCUGGAGUCGGUUCAUCCAUCACUAUCUGUAAGCUCCACUAAAGACAUUUGAAUGAUUGUCAGAAGUCCACCUCUGGAAGUUAAAUUCAGACAGGGAAAAAUAACUGAAGAUAACCUAAGUAAAGAUACAUGAAGAAUAUCAGCUGUUGAGAAUACACUUCUAUUGUAAUCUAAAAUAAUUAUUAUAUCCAGUAAUAUCUCACGCCAUGUUAAUGAUUAGCAUUCUGUAUACUUCUCAUUACAAUGUUUCACUUUUUUAUAACAAUUUAAAAAACUUCUGUGUGUAUAUAUAGUAAUAAAAUCGUGUGCUUUGCAUUUAGUAUUUUAAGUUUUACUGUAAGAGGCAAUAUUUGCCCCCUGGAUUUCAUUUUCAUGAGCAGUUCACCUUUUAUGAGGGCAUGUUCUUGUUCUGACUGUUUAAUACAUAAACUUUGUCUCAUCCAUUCAUCAUAUGUUCAUUUAAUCAGUUCAUUCAUAUAAAGAUUCUCAAUGUUGAGAAUUUAUUACCUCUUACGCUAAGAAUUAAAUCAACUCAUUUAUGCCAUAAUAGGUAUAACUAGGCAUAUCAAAGAAUAUUAAGAAAUAUAUAAGAUGUUACACAUAAAAAAACAGAAGACAUUGUCCCCGCAUUUUUAAUUUUGGGGCUUUUUUUUUCUUUCUUUUUUUUAAGGAGGGGAGUGUAGUUUUCUUUCACAAAAGAUACAAAUGGAUGAGAAGGUACUAAAAGAAAUCUCCCAUAAAUUCACUAUUUGACCAGACCAAGCAAAUACAGGUGGACACAAGUUGUCAUGAAUGACUCCUAAAACUAAAGCCCAAAGUAUUUACCUUAUUUGCAACGCGGUUCCAUUUCCGGCAAAACCACAGGAUGAACAGCAGAAUUAUAUGCUAAUGUAGGACCAUUUUCUAACAUCUGCAUUGAAAGUAAAUCUUUCACUUGUUGCUGUGUGUUGUAUCGAAGAGACUAUAAUAAAAAAAAAUGUGUCUUUACCGA